AUGAUUUGUUUUCGUGAACUGGAUGAAAUGUAUUUGCCAGAUGUCCAAGAUACCUCUGAGAUUCAGGAAGAAUUUUAUCGCAUCAUCCAGGAAAUCCUUAUCAAAACACAGCUUGGAUCCCUGGCAGCGCUGGGCGUAUGGUUAGAUAUGCCAGAAAGACAAGGCAAACUCAAGCAAAAUAAUCCAAGGGUUUGUAGAGUAAAUUUGGUUUCUGUGCUCGAGAGGCAAAUAUUUGACUUCCUUGGUUAUCAGUGGGCACCCAUCUUGGCAAAUUUCAUACACAUUAUUGUAGUCAUACUUGGCUUAUUUGGAACCAUCCAGUAUAGACCUCGUUACAUAACAGGAUAUGCUGUCUGGCUGAUCCUUUGGGUUUCAUGGAAUGUGUUUGUUAUCUGCUUCUAUUUGGAGGCUGGAGACCUUUCAAAGGAAACAGAUCUCAUUCUGACAUUUAAUAUCUCAAUGCAUCGUUCAUGGUGGAUGGAGAAUGGACCAGGAUGCACCGUGACCUCAGUAACACCAGCCCCAGACUGGGCUCCAGAGGAUCAUCGUUAUAUCACUGUCUCGGGGUGUUUUCUUGAGUACCAGUACAUAGAAGUGGCUCACAGUUCUCUUCAGAUCUUCCUUGCACUGGCAGGCUUCAUCUAUGCCUGUUAUGUUGUGAAAUGUAUUACUGAAGAAGAGGACAGCUUUGAUUUCAUAGGUGGAUUUGACUCUUACGGCUAUCAAGGCCCACAGAAGACAUCUCAUUUACAGCUACAGCCUAUGUAUAUGUCAAAGUGAAAACGGGGACUGCUCAAGGUGGGCUGGAGCACCUGUCAAAGAAAAUGUUUUGGGAUUGCCCUCUGGUUCUUCAAAGAGCAAAAAAAAAAUCCAGUUUUUGUGCUAAAAAAACAAACAAACAAACAAAAAAGGCUGAUUGAACAAUGAGACAAAAUACAACAGACACAUUCAGCCUCUCUUUCUAACAGGUACUAAGGGAGAUGCCCCAGACCUCCUUCCUGCUUCCCAGCACCACAGGGCCAGAGCAGAGGCGCUGGUGCUUCCCUCUGGCUCCUCUGGACUGCAGCCUCGACCGCCAGUGGGGCCCAUCUGGAUUAAGACACGAACCAAGCCAAUACAGUGCUUUUGGAGCCCCCUCCACACUCCUGGCCUCAUUCAGUCUCUGUAGUCAACACAAGGCUAAGAAUACUGGGAUGACCUUGCAACAGAAGUCAAUAGACAGCACGUUGUUUGCCCUGAAGGCUGUACAGUUCAUACUUGCCUUAACCUAACUGCAUUGCACAUCAGAGAAACUCAGUGCAAGCUUUCUGAAGUAACGUCCUUUAGGCUCAACACGCUGUCAUUAAUUCUGAACGAUUUCUAAGUCAGUAGUUUUCUUUGUUUUUUUUUUGUUUUCUUGUCAGGGAAUAAGGCUCUGUUGCUCCGUGGCUCCAGAGUGACCUAGUAGAAAACUGCCAGCUAUCAGAAAGUGCUUUACUUUUGAGGCUCCACAGUGGUCAAGAAACAAACCGUUUAUAAUGAUUAAAAAAAAAAAAGAAAAAAAAAAAAGAAAUAAGAUCUUUUGGGGGGUCAGGGAGGGGGAA